AUGUCCCUUGAGGAGUACAGAGCCCGCAAGGUCGCCCUUAUUACUGGUGUCACUGGCCAGGAUGGUUCUUAUCUCACCGAGUUCCUCCUCAAGAAGGGUUACGAAGUUCACGGUAUCAUCCGUCGUUCCUCCUCCUUCAACACCGGCCGUAUCGAGCACAUCUACAAGGACUCCCAUGAGCAAGGUGUCAAGUUCUUCCUUCACCACGGUGACAUGACCGACUCUACCUGUUUGGUCCACAUCAUCUCCCAGGUCCAGCCUACUGAGGUCUACAACUUGGCUGCCCAGUCCCACGUCAAGGUUUCCUUUGACAUGUCCGAGUACACUGGUGAUGUUGAUGCUCUUGGCACCCUCCGUCUUUUGGAUGCUAUCCGUACCAGCGGUUUGACCGAUCGCGUCCGUUUCUACCAGGCUUCCACCUCUGAGCUCUACGGUAAGGUUGUCGAGACCCCCCAGAAGGAGACUACUCCUUUCUACCCUCGUUCCCCUUACGCUGUCGCCAAGCUCUACGGUUACUGGAUCGUUGUCAACUACCGCGAGUCUUACGGCAUGUACGCCUGUAACGGUAUCCUUUUCAACCACGAGUCCCCCCGCCGUGGACGUACUUUCGUCACCCGCAAGAUCUCCCGUGCUGUUGCUGAUAUUCACUUGGGUCGCCAGGAGUGCCUGUACUUGGGUAACAUCGAUGCCAAGCGUGAUUGGGGACACGCCCGCGACUAUGUAGAGGGUAUGUGGUUGAUGCUCCAGCAGGACAAGCCCGAGGACUUUGUUCUCGCUACCGGUGAGACCCACACUGUCCGUUCUUUCAUCGAGAAGUCCUUUGCCGUCACUGGCCGCAAGAUUGUCUGGGAGGGUGAAGGUGUCAACGAAAUCGGUAAGGAUGCUGACACCGGCAAGAUCCGUGUCCGUAUUGACCCCAAGUACUUCCGUCCUGCUGAGGUCGAGCUUCUUUUGGGUGACCCCACCAAGGCACACGAGAAGAUGGGCUGGAAGCGCAAGGUUACCUACGAUGAGUUGGUCACCGAGAUGGUUGUUGCUGAUAUCGAAGGUGGUCUCAAGAACGACACCACCAACUAA